GUCACUUCCUGUAUCCGGAGGCCCCAGAGGAAACCGAGGGGCGGCCAUCUUGGGUCCGUGAGGCUCGGGGGUGCCGGGAGCAGCGGCGUCUGCAACCACCAGGGCGGAGGCUGAGGCGGAAAGCAAGCCGGAGAGGGAAAAGCAGCCGCGCGCAGGCGCCUCCUCCACAGCCCCCUCCAUGGUCGGCGCUCGCAGCCCGCGGCGGCCUGUCUUGCGCUCCACCUCUUCCACAUCCUUCUCCUCUUCAGGGGCCGCCGGCGGCGCUGUGUGGAGGCCCCGGAGCUGAGAUCCGUGGCGCGACGGGCGGGAGCGGAGGAGGAGGCGUGGGGGCGCGGGCUCGCGGGGCGCCCUGAGGCGAGGGGACGCCGGCGGGCCGACCCGCAGCCCGCAGCCCGCCGGCCCGGCCCCGCCACCGCCGCCCGCCGGGGCUCCUCGCCGCGGCCGCCGGGGCAGGAGGAGAAUGGGCCCCGGGACCUGCCGGGGGACGGCCCGGGCCAGGCCCGGGAUCUAGACGGCUGUAGGGGGAGGGGAUCCGCCCUCCCCACGGCACCGCACCAGAGCCGCUGGGGACUCGAAGACGCAGGUCGCCGGCCUCCUAGGGCUGUGCUGUUUGAUUUUCAGCCUCGCAUUGUGCAGAAUUAAAGUGCAGUAAAAUGUCCACUAGGACCCCAUUGCCAACAGUGAAUGAACGAGACACUGAAAACCACACGUCACACGGAGAUGGGCGUCAAGAAGUUACCUCUCGCACUGGCCGCUCUGGAGCUUGGUGUAGAAACUCUAUAGCUUCCUGUGCAGAUGAACAACCUGUCAUCGGAAACUACAGACUGUUGAAAACAAUCGGCAAGGGGAAUUUUGCAAAAGUGAAAUUGGCAAGACAUAUCCUUACAGGCAGAGAGGUUGCAAUAAAAAUAAUUGACAAAACUCAGUUGAAUCCAACAAGUCUACAAAAGCUCUUCAGAGAAGUAAGAAUAAUGAAGAUUUUAAAUCAUCCAAACAUAGUGAAGUUAUUCGAAGUCAUUGAAACUGAAAAAACACUCUACCUAAUCAUGGAGUAUGCAAGUGGAGGUGAAGUAUUUGACUAUUUGGUUGCACAUGGAAGAAUGAAGGAAAAAGAAGCAAGAGCUAAAUUUAGACAGAUCGUGUCUGCAGUCCAAUACUGCCAUCAGAAACGGAUCGUGCACAGAGACCUGAAGGCUGAAAAUCUAUUGUUAGAUGCCGAUAUGAACAUUAAAAUAGCAGAUUUUGGUUUUAGCAAUGAAUUUACUGUUGGUAGUAAACUCGACACGUUUUGUGGCAGUCCUCCAUACGCAGCCCCCGAGCUCUUCCAGGGCAAGAAAUACGACGGGCCGGAGGUGGAUGUGUGGAGUCUCGGGGUGAUCCUGUACACGCUCGUCAGUGGCUCACUUCCCUUUGAUGGGCAAAACCUGAAGGAACUGAGAGAGAGAGUAUUAAGAGGGAAAUACAGAAUCCCUUUCUACAUGUCUACAGACUGUGAAAACCUUCUCAAACGUUUUCUGGUGCUAAAUCCAAUUAAACGAGGCACUCUAGAGCAAAUCAUGAAGGACAGGUGGAUCAAUGCAGGGCAUGAGGAAGAUGAACUUAAACCAUUUGUUGAGCCAGAACUAGACAUCUCAGACCAGAAAAGAAUAGGUAUUUUGGUGGGAAUGGGUUAUUCACAAGAAGAAAUUCAAGAAUCUCUUAGUAAAAUGAAAUAUGAUGAAAUCACAGCCACGUACUUGUUGUUGGGGAGAAAGUCUUCAGAGCUGGAUGCUAGCGAUUCCAGUUCUAGCAGCAAUCUUUCACUCGCUAAGGUUCGGCCGAGCAGUGAUCUCAACAACAGCACCGGCCAGUCUCCUCAUCACAAAGUGCAGAGAAGUGUGUCGUCAAGCCAGAAGCAGAGACGUUACAGUGACCACGCUGGACCAGCUGUUCCUGCAGUUGUGGCAUAUCCAAAAAGAAGUCAGACCAGCACUGCAGAUAGUGACCUCAAAGAAGAUGGAAUACCCUCCCGGAAAUCAAGUGGCAUUGCUGUUGGAGGAAAGGGAAUUGCUCCAGCCAGUCCCAUGCUUGGGAAUGCAAAUAAUCCCAAUAAGGCAGAUAUUCCUGAACGCAAGAAAAGCUCCACUGUCCCUAGUAGUAACACAGCAUCUGGUGGAAUGACACGGCGAAAUACGUAUGUUUGCAGUGAGAGAACUACAGCUGAUAGACACUCAGUGAUUCAAAAUGGCAAAGAAAACAGCACUAUUCCUGAUCAGAGAACUCCGGUUGCUUCAACACACAGUAUUAGCAGUGCCACCACCCCGGAUCGAGUCCGCUUCCCCAGAGGCACUGCCAGUCGUAGCACUUUCCACGGCCAGCCACGGGAGAGGCGAACUGCAACAUAUAACGGCCCCCCUGCCUCUCCCAGCCUGUCCCAUGAAGCCACACCGUUGUCCCAGACUCGAAGCCGAGGCUCCACUAAUCUUUUUAGUAAACUAACUUCAAAACUCACAAGGAGAAACAUGUCAUUCAGGUUUAUCAAAAGGCUUCCAACUGAAUAUGAGAGGAACGGGAGAUAUGAGGGCUCAAGUCGCAACGUAUCUGCUGAGCAAAAGGACGAGAACAAAGAAGCAAAACCUCGCUCCCUGCGUUUCACCUGGAGCAUGAAAACCACUAGUUCCAUGGAUCCUGGCGACAUGAUGCGGGAAAUCCGCAAAGUGCUGGAUGCCAAUAACUGUGACUACGAGCAGCGGGAGCGCUUCUUGCUCUUCUGCGUCCAUGGCGACGGGCACGCGGAGAGCCUCGUGCAGUGGGAGAUGGAGGUCUGCAAGCUGCCAAGACUGUCUCUGAACGGGGUCCGGUUUAAGAGGAUAUCAGGGACAUCCAUAGCCUUCAAAAACAUUGCAUCCAAAAUUGCCAAUGAGCUAAAGCUGUAACCCAGUAAUUGUGGUGUAAAUUGAGUAGCAAUUAAAGUUUUUUCCUGAACACUGAUGGAAAUGUAUAGAAUAAUAUUUAGGCAAUAACGUCUGCAUCUUCUAAAUCAUGGUAUUAAAGUCUGAGGACGAGAGCACGCCCAGGAGCGAGAGCUGGCCUUUUUUCUACGAGUGCACUACGUGAGAGAGGUGC